AUGUUCAUUUUUCCAACGCUUCAGUCCAUGAUGCUCAUGCCAUUUUGGAGGCUUCUUGUAGUGUGCUUUUGUGCAUUGUUAAUGGCCUUUUCUUCUGAUGUUGCUUCUGCUUCGGUCACAUUACAAAGCAUCGAAGCAAAUGCUUUGUUGAAAUGGAAAGCCAACCUUCACAACCAAAGCCAGGCUUUGCUAUCUUCAUGGACUGGCAAUACUCCUUGCAAUAAUUGGCUUGGAAUUGAGUGUGACGUGUCCAUGUCCGUCUCCAACGUUAAUCUUACAAAUAUUGGAUUAAGAGGUAUGCUUCAAAAUCUCAACUUCUCUUUACUUGCAAACAUCCUCACUAUAGAUAUGAGUCUCAACUCCUUGAAUGGAAGUAUUCCUCCCCAAAUUGUUGUGUUGUCCAAACUCUCCUAUCUUGAUCUCAGUCACAAUCGUCUCACAGGGUCAAUCCCACCUUUGAUUGGUAACUUGGUUGAUUUGGAGUUUGUUUACCUUCAAAACAAUAAACUCUUUGGUCCAAUUCCUUCCACUAUUGGAAAUUUGACAAAGGUCAUUAAUAUAUCUUUAUACACAAAUGAACUUACUGGGCCGAUACCACCCUCAAUUGGUAAUUUAGCUAAUUUGAAGAUAGUUGACUUUUCUGAAAAUAAACUCUCAGGACCAAUACCUUCCACUAUUGGAAAUUUGACAAAGGUCACUGUGUUACAUCUAUUCUCAAAUGAACUUACUAGGCCGAUACCACCCUCAAUUGGUAACUUGGCUAACUUGGAAUCAGUUGAGCUUUCUGAAAAUAAACUCUCUGAAUCAAUUCCUUCCACUAUUGGAAAUUUGGCAAAGGUCAAUGAUUUAUAUUUAUCCACAAAUGAACUCAUUGGGCCGAUACCACCCUCAAUUGGUAACUUAGCCAACUUAGAAUUAGUUGACUUUUCUGAAAACAAACUUUCUGGACCAAUUCCUUCCACUAUUGGAAAUUUGACAAAGGUCAGUUUAUUAUCUUUAUCCACAAAUGAACUCAUUGGGCCGAUACCACCCUCAAUUGGUAACUUGGCUAACUUGGAAUCAGUUUACCUUUCUGAAAACAAACUUUCUGGACCAAUUCCUUCCACUAUUGGAAAUUUGACAAAGGUCAGUUUAUUAUCUUUGUCCAUAAAUGAAUUCAUUGGGCCGAUACCACCCUCAAUUGGUAACUUGGCUAACUUGGAAUCAGUUUACCUUUCUGAAAACAAAUUUUUUGGACCAAUUCCUUCCACUAUUGGAAAUUUGACAAAGGUUAGUUUAUUAUAUUUAUACACAAAUGAACUUACUGGACCAAUGCCACCCUCAAUUGGUAAUUUGGCUAAUUUGGAGAGAGUUGACUUUUCUAAAAAUAAACUCUCAGGACCAAUACCUCCCACUAUUGGAAAUUUGGCAAAGGUCAUUUUGUUACAUUUAUUCUCAAAUGAACUUACUGGGCCGAUACCACCCUCAAUUGGUAACUUGGCUAACUUGGAAUCAGUUGGCGAAAAUGAACUCAGCGGGAACAUUCCAAUAGAAAUGAACAGGCUUACAAAUUUUGAAGAUUUGCAGUUAUUUAAUAAUCAUUUCAUUGGCCAUUUGCCUCAAAACAUUUGUAUUAGUGGAAAGUUGUCAAACUUUACUGCUUUCAAUAACCAUUUUAUUGGCCUCGUUCCAAAGAGUUUGAAGAAUUGCUCCAGCCUAAUAAGAGUUCGACUUCAACAAAACCAACUUACUGGAAAUAUAACAGAUGAAUUUGGUGUAUAUCCAAAUUUGGACUACAUGGAAUUGAGUGAAAAUAACUUUUAUGGUCACCUUUCACCAAAUUGGGGAAAGUGCUAUGGUCUCACAAGCCUCAGGAUCUCCAACAAUAAAUUAUCAGGUGUCAUACCAAAAGAACUAGGUGAGGCAAUCAACUUACAUGUACUUGACUUAUCUUCAAACCAUCUCACAGGAAAAAUUCCAAAUGAGUUAGGUAAAUUGACUUCAUUGACCAAACUCUUGAUAAGCAACAAUCAUCUUUCAGAAAAUGUUCCCGUGCAAAUAACAUUAUUGCCCAAACUUGAGACCUUGGAUCUUGGAGGGAAUAAUUUCAGUGGCCUCAUCACAGAACAACUUGGGAGGCUGCCUAUGUUGUUGAACUUAAAUUUAAGCCAAAAUAAUUUUAAAGGAAAUAUUCCCGUUGAGUUUGGCAUAUUCAAAGUUCUUCGCAGUCUCGAUCUUAGUGGGAAUUUUUUGGGCGGAACAAUACCACCAAUGCUUGGACAGCAAUACUUAGAAAUGUUGAAUCUCUCACAUAAUAGUCUUUCAGGUAGCAUUCCCUCUAGCUUUGAUGGUAUGUUAAGCUUGACAUAUGUUGAUAUAUCAUACAACCAAUUAGAGGGUCCACUUCCAAACAUUACAGCCUUUCAGCAUGCUACAAUUGAAGCUUUGAGAAAUAAUAAAUGCUUGUGUGGUAAUGUCUCUGGCUUGGAGCCUUGCCCUUCAUCAAAUUGCAGAUCUCAUCAUCAUAAGACUAACAAAGUCAUAUUGGUGGUUCUACCCUUUACUUUGGGCAUUCUACUGGUACUCUUUGUUAUCAGAGUCUCGUAUCAUCUCUGUCGAUCUUCACACACAAAAGAAAACCAGGCUGCAGAAUCUCAAGCUCAAAAUUAUUUUGCAAUAUGGAGUUUUGAUGGAAAAAUGGUGUAUGAGAACAUUAUUGAAGCCACAGAAGAGUUUGACAACAAACAUCUCAUUGGGGUUGGAGGGCAUGGAUGUGUUUACAAAGUAGAAUUGCCUACGAGUCAAGUUGUUGCUGUGAAGAAACUUCAUUCAGUACCAAAUGAAGAAAUCUCCAGUCUAAAAGCUUUCACAAGUGAGAUCCAAGCUUUGACAGAAAUUCGACAUCAUAACAUUGUGAAGUUAUAUGGGUUUUGUUCUCAUUCGCGAUACUCAUUUCUGGUUUAUGAGUUCUUGGAGAAAGGUAGUGUGGAGAUGAUUUUGAAAAAUGAUGAACAAGCAACUAAGUUUGAUUGGAAUAGGAGAGUGAAUGUUGUUAAAGGCAUAGCUAAUGCUUUAUCCUAUAUGCACUGUGAUUGCCGGCCUCCAAUUGUUCAUCGAGAUAUAUCAAGCAAGAAUAUUCUUUUGGAUUUGGAAUAUGUGGCUCAUGUCUCUGACUUCGGAACAGCUAAGCUCCUCAAUCCUAAUUCAUCCAACUAGACUUCAUUUGCAGGCACCUUUGGAUAUGUUGCUCCAGAACUUGCGUACACAAUGAAAGUAAAUGAGAAAUGUGAUGUGCAUAGUUUUGGAGUAUUAGCAUUGGAAAUACUCUUUGGAAAGCACCCUAGUGAUGUCAUGUCUUCUUCAUGGAUUGUUGUGGCCUCAACACUAGAUAAUAUGUCAUUGAUGGAUAAGUUGGACCAACGUCUCCCUCAUCCUGUAUAUCCUAUUGUGAAGGAUGUAUUAUCAAUUGCAAGGAUAGCAAUUGGUUGCUUGAAUGAAAGCCCACGCUCUCGCCCUACCAUGGAGCAGGUUGUUAAGGAGCUUGUUGGGUCAAUACCACCCUCAAUUGGUAAUUUGGGUAAUUUGGAGACAGUUCAAUUUUCUAAAAAUAAACUCUCAGGACCAAUACCUCCCACUAUUGGAAAUUUGUCAAAGGUCAAAUCAUUAUAUUUGCACUCAAAUGAACUCAGCGGGAACAUUCCAAUAGAAAUGAACAGGCUUACAAAUUUGGAAAUGUUGCAGUUAUUUAAUAAUCAUUUCAUUGGCCAUUUGCCUCAGAACAUUUGCAUUAGUGGAAAGUUGUCAAAGUUUAGUGCUUCUAAUAACAAUUUUGCUGGCCCCGUUCCAAAGAGUUUGAAGAAUUGCUCCAGCCUAAUAAGAGUUCGGCUUCAACAAAACCAACUGACUGGAAAUAUAACAGAUGAAUUUGGUGUAUAUCCAAAUUUGGACUACAUGGAAUUGAGUGAAAAUAACUUUUAUGGUCACCUUUCACCAAACUGGGGAAAGUGCUAUAGUCUCACAAGCCUUAAGAUCUCCAACAAUAAAUUAUCAGGUGUCAUACCACAAGAACUAGGCGAGGCAAUCAACUUACAUGUACUUGACUUAUCUUCAAACCAUCUCAUAGGAAAACUUCCAAAUGAGUUAGGUAAAUUGACUUCAUUGAUCAAACUCUUGAUAAGCAACAAUCAUCUUUCAGAAAAUGUUCCCGUGCAAAUAACAUCAUUGCCCAAACUUGAGACCUUGGAUCUUGGAGGGAAUAAUUUCAGUGGCUUCAUCACAGGACAACUUGGGAGGCUGCCUAUGUUGUUGAACUUAAAUUUAAGCCAAAAUAAUUUUAUGGGAAAUAUUCCUGUUGAGUUUGGCAUAUUCAAAGUUCUUCGUAGUCUCGAUCUUAGUGGGAAUUUUUUGGGUGGAACAAUACCAGCAAUGCUUGGACAGUUGAAAUACUUAGAAAUAUUGAAUCUCUCACAUAAUAGUCUUUCAGGUACCAUUCCCUCUAGCUUUGAUGGUAUGUUAAGCUUGACAUAUAUUGGUAUAUCGUACAACCAAUUAGAGGGUCCACUUCCAAACAUUCCAGCCUUUCAUUACGCUACAAUUGAAGCUUUGAGAAAUAAUAAAUGCUUGUGUGGUAAUGUCUCUGGUUUGGAGCCUUGCCCUUCAUCAAAUUCCACAGAAGAGUUUGACAACAAACAUCUCAUUGGGGUUGGAGGGCAUGGAUGUGUUUACAAAGCAGAAUUGCCGACGGGUCAAGUUGUUGCUGUGAAGAAACUCCAUUCAGCACCAAAUGAAGAAAUCUCUAAUCUAAAAGCUUUCACAAGUGAGAUCCAAGCUUUGACAGAAAUUCGACAUCGUAACAUUGUCAAGUUAUAUGGGUUUUGUUCUCAUUCGCGAUACUCAUUUCUGGUUUAUGAGUUCUUGGAGAAAGGUAGUGUGGAGAUGAUUUUGAAAAAUAAUGAACAAGCAACUAAGUUUGAUUGGAAUAGGAGGGUGAAUGUGGUUAAAGGCGUAGCUAAUGCUUUAUGCUAUAUGCACUGUGAUUGCCGGCCUCCAAUUGUUCAUCGAGAUAUAUCAAGCAAGAAUAUUCUUUUGGAUUUGGAAUAUGUGGCUCAUGUCUCUGACUUUGGAACAGCUAAACUUCUCAAUCCUAAUUCAACCAAUUGGACUUCAUUUGCUGGCACUUUGGAUAUGUUGCUCCAGGUUCAUUCCCUUUCUUUAAACUUAUAA